CUUGUUGCCAACAACGGUUAACACCACGGAAGAAGAAAAUCUAAAGUCAUCUUGUGGUAUGUGCCAAGGAAAUAAAUAACGUUUCAAAGGGUGGUGUUCUUCCUCCGGUCCAGGGUAAGGAGGUUGCUACCUGGCGGGUCUGUCUGUUAGUAUGUCGUCCAGGAGAGAACAGAGUUCCAGGUCCCUUUUAUUCGGCCUGCUGGUUGUACUGCUCAGUGACGCCAUCUCCUUUGCACACGCUAGUAAGAGUUUUGAAGAUGUGCGCUGCAAGUGUAUCUGUCCACCCUACAGGAACAUCACCGGACACAUCUACAGCAGGAAUGUCUCCCAGAAAGAUUGUAAGUGCCUCCAUGUGGUGGAGCCCAUGCCAGUACCGGGCCAUGAUGUGGAGGCCUACUGUCUGCUGUGCGAGUGCAAGUAUGAGGAACGCAGCAGCAACACCAUCAAGGUGACCAUCCUCAUCUACCUGUCAGUGGUGGGCUCCCUCCUACUCUACAUGUUGUUCCUGCUGCUGGUUGACCCUCUGAUCCGUAAACAUGACCCCUACAUCCAGCCCCUUCACAACGAAGAGGACUCUGAGGACAUGCGGCCGCAGCCUGAGGGUGCCAGUGCUGCUCAGGGAGGCAGAAGUAACACGGUACUGGAGAGGGUAGAGGGGGCACAGCAGCGGUGGAAAAAGCAGGUCCAGGAACAGCGCAAGACUGUCUUUGACCGACACAAGAUGCUUAGUUAAACCCCAAUGGCUGACUUCAGAUCAGAGAGUAGUCACCUCCUGAGCUUUGUUCACUGCUGCUAUUAUACUGUCAUUAGCUACUUCGUUAUUGUCCAGGAUUUCAAUUCCUUUGCCAUUUCAAUACAUUCCCAGCACCUUUAGGACAGUUUAUGUACAGUAAUGCUGUUUGGAAUGAUGGCUGGCCCAAUUGUCCUUUGUUUCCAAAAUGAUGGUUGUAGUCAUGAUUCCAAAGCUAAAGAAUACAGAUGUGAUAGAUGUGUACCAAAUGAGCAGUAUAACAAAACAGCAUAAUGCAAGUUCCAUCUUCAUCUCUGCAUCAUACACUGAGUGUACAAAACAUUAAGAACACCUGUUCUUUCCAUGACACAGACUGACCAGGUGAAUCCAGGUGAAAGCUAUGAUCCCUUAUUGAUGUCACUUGUUAAAUCCACUUCAGUCAGUGUAGAUGAAGGGAUGGAGACAGUUUUAAAGAAGGAUUUUUAAGCCUCGAGACAAUUGGGACAUCGAUUGUGUGUGCGCCAUUCAGACGGUGAAUGGGCAAGACAAAAGAUUUGUGCCUUUAAACGGUAGUAGGUGCCAGGCGCACCAGUUUGUGUCAAAAACUGCAACGCGGCUGGGUUUUUCACACUUAACAGUUUCCCAAAGGACAUCCAGCCAACUUGACACAUCUGUGGGAAGCAUAGGAGUCAACAUAGGGGGCAACAACUCAAUAUUAGGAAAGUGUUCCUAAUGUUUGUUAUACUCGGUGUAUACCGUUAAAGGAAACUGGAUAUGUUGCAAUGACGUCAUAAAAAAAUAAGCUUGAAAAAAUAGGACUGAUUCAGAAUGUCUUAAUAUGCUUAAGCUCCUUUAAAUAUAUAUAUCCAACCCUCAUUGUAGCAUUGUUGUGUUGUGAAGCUACCUCAGUACCUCAGUUUUAUUAAGCCUUGUAAUAAUGAGUCAUGGUUUUGCCGACUUUGUUUUGAGAGACUCUGAAGUGGCGACUUGGGUUUAUUGAAACCUCUGAGGUAGCUGAACGUGAAUGGCUUGGCUUGUAACGCUCUCUUAUAAUGUAGUUAUUAACUGUAGAAUCACUGGUUAACGGGUUUUGGAAUUACUGGAAUGCCAAAUGGCUUCGAAUGAUUCCAGAGUGGAAUAUUGCGGUCAGUUGGAUUGACUCUCACAUUAUUAGCGAGGACUGAUACUCUGUGCAGGGUGGGGGGGGGGAUUUCCAUUCACAAGGUGGCGUUUUGCUGGCCUGCUUUUACUCAGAUAUACAUGUUACGGAAUGAUGAAGAUGUCUGUUGAAUUAUUAUUUCUUAAUGUAUUUUUUAGCUGUUGUAUUUAAAUGCAGAUGCACUCUUUUUUUUUUGAAAUUGACGUUGUUUUGAAUAUAAUUUUCAUCAUGUGAAAAUGAUCGGCCUGUAUGUUGAUUUUUUAAGACAUCGACUGAUACGUUUGAAUCGGUUGUUACAUUUGUUUAUUACAGUUAUCAUAUCUUGCACUGUUGAAAGAAUGUCUGUUUGAUGUAAUUGUCUACAUCAUGCUUGGAAAACAAUAAUAAAUAAAAAAAAUCCCUUGGUUGAGCUUA